GUGUGGCUUGAGUUUCAGGAACAAAAGCUUGCUGCGGACAACUGACAACUCAGAGCUUCCAAUUGCAGCAUCUUUAGCUUAGAAAAAUAUUAUCGUAUGGAAUCUUGCCUCCAUGCAGUGCACAGAUCCAGCUUCUAAACACAACACUGUUAGGCCAUCCAGUAAGUGUGCACAAACCCAAACAGGAAACCUGCAGAACCUCUUCACACAUGUUGUGUGCUGGACACCAGGGAUUCGAUUUGUUUCGUUUACCUAAUCAAAUGCCUAAGGGAAAAUGCUGGGUAAGGAUAACUGUGAAUGUUUAGGGACUUGCUAGCACUUGCUCAAGCUUCUUGGGGGUUGGUGACCCAGUACUGCUUGGCAGAGAAAAGCUCAUAUAGGAUGGGGAGCAGAGCAAAUGGACUCAGGAGGACAACAUCGGCAGGCUUCCGGUCACCGGCUACCAGCCCUGCUAAUGUGAAUUUAGCCUCAUCCUCGUCUCCUUCGCUCAGCAGCAGCCAAUCUGCAAGGACUCUACUGGCUACCACACAGAGCUCGGUGAAACAAUCAAGCAAAAGCCGUGGUGGAGAGGAGCAAGAAGCCCUGAAAGCAGACCAGGUCCGGCAGGACACAGUCUGGAGGGAGUUUGUGGAGGCUGAAAGAAGGGCGACGGAAUAUUGGUACCGGAACUGGAGUUUCUUAAAGGACUACGAUCCAUUGGGCAAUAUAAAAGAACCUGAGCAGCUCCCUGAAUACAUGUCAGUUUUCUCAGACAAAAUUCCCAACACCAGCGGACGUGUUAUUGGCAGCAGAAUGAACACGGAUCUUGGCAAAACACUAGUAAAAAUGGAUUACUUCCUCAACUAUGGAAGAAGAAAAAAUAAACUUGGACAGGAACUCCAGGCUUCCUAGAAUCA